UAUCCCUGACAUGAUCACACCCAUCCCCACGGCGACGACCACGUAUCACACGAUAUUCGAUCCCCCCACCGAGAAAUUAACGCGGGAGCGAGCCUCCGCCGCGGCAAGCAACGGCUUUGCACUGCACGUAGUACGUACGUCACGCGCAGGGUUGGGAUGGAGGAGCUCAGCGGGAGCAAAGAGAACGACGUCGACGACGUGGGCGGUGGCUGCUCCUCCCCGCCGACCCCACAUCACCGCGGGCCGGCGGCGGCGGCGGAGGCGGAGGCGAGGUGCCGGUACCACGAGUGCCUCCGAAACCACGCGGCGGCCGCGGGCGGCCACGUCGUGGACGGCUGCGGGGAGUUCAUGCCGGCGUCCGCCGAGGAGCCGCUCGCCUGCGCGGCGUGCGGCUGCCACCGCAGCUUCCACCGGCGGGACCCUUCCCCGGGCCGAGCGGGCGCAGGCCAUCUGCUGCCGCUGCACAUGCUGCCAGCCUCCAUCCACUCGCGCGCACCGGCGCUGCGGCUGCCGCCGCCUGCAGCGGCGGCCAGCAGGCAAGGUCAUCCGCCGUUCCCAGGCUACGUAUACGGCACGCCCAGCGGCGGCACUGGCACCACGACCGCGUCCUCCAGCGAGGAGCGGCUGCGACCUUCCCCGGCGCCGGCGGCGCGGAGGCGGUCGCGCACGACGUUCACGCGGGAGCAGAAGGAGCGGAUGCUGGCGUUCGCGGACCGCGUGGGGUGGAGGAUCCAGCGGCAGGAGGAGGCGGCGGUGGAGCACUUCUGCGCGCAGGCCGGCGUGCGGAGGCAGGCGCUCAAGGUCUGGAUGCACAACAACAAGCAUAGCUUCAAGCAGAAACAGCAGCAGCUUCAGGAGAACAGACAAGAACAUCAGCAGUAGGAAACUGGUUUCCACACGAGGCGGCCGGCGUCGAUCAAAAUGAAUGGAGAAGCUAGUUGGUACUUGCAAUUUGAACACCGUGGCGGCUGAGAUUUACGUGC